GGGGCAUGUUGGCCGGGGAUGAUGACGCGCCCUCCCGGCGGCGGAAAGGUGACCAGGGGUCAAGGCCUAUAAAUCUGGGUUCCCUUCCUGAAGCCGGUUUGCGAACCUUCCUAUUGAGUAACUUUGAAUUCUUGAUCAGUUUAGCCUUAACCGGGGCUAACCACUGUGUCCCCUCAGCCUUGCGACCCCGGGGUCGCCAUUGUCUCUCGUCCAGAGCAGCCAGGGACUCCCCCCUCCACGUAUCUGUGGCUGACUUGAAUUUCUGAUCCUCUUGCCUCCACCUCCCGAGUGCUGGGAUUUCAGGUUUCUGGCUUCUCUGGAACAUCCACCCUGGAGCCAUGGUCCACGCCUUCCUCAUCCAUACCUUGAGGGCCCCGAAUUUGGAAGAUACAGGCCUUUGCCGAGUGCUCUACUCCUGUGUCUUUGGUGCUGAGAAGUCACCCGAUGAUCCACGGCCACAUGGUGCAGAAAGGGACAGGCUCUUCCGCAAGGAACAGAUUUUGGCCGUGGCCAGACAGGUGGAGUCACUGUGCAGACUGCAGCAGCAAGCAUCUGGAUGUCCCUCCACAGACCUGCAGCCUCAGUUCUCAGAUGAGCCUGUGUCCUUGCAUGAGGCCCCUCAUGGAGCCUUCUACCUGGGAGCUGGGGACCCUUUCCAGGAGCCACAGACAGUGGUGUGGCUGGGUGUGCUCUCCCUAGGCUUUGCCCUGGUGCUGGAUACCCAGGAGAACUUGCUGCUGGCUGAGAGCACCCUUCGGCUGUUGGUCCGUCUCCUUCUUGACCACCUCCGGCUGCUGACACCGGGUAGCAACUUCCUGCUGCGGGCUGACCGCAUUGAGGGAAUCCUCACCCGCUUCCUGCCGCAUGGGCAGCUGCUUUUCCUCAAUGACCAGUUUGUCCAGGAGCUGGAGAAGGAAUUCAGUGCGGCUUGGCCCCGCUGACCCUCCACCAGAAUGAGGUUUCUUGAAAGGACGAAGAGGGAGGGUCAAGAUUACAUACUUCAAGGAGGAGUUUGGCAUCUGCCUCUUGCCCAGGCUGUGUCCUAGUCUGGUGUAUGGCGGCAUUCGGGACAGAUUGAUUGGCCAAGCUGGCAGGAGAGGCCUGGGUAGAAGACAGGAGGCUGGCUGUGCCUAGUCUCAGUUCAGUGGAAUUGCAGAGCAUCCUGAACCUGGAACUGCCGUGUGCCCUCUUACACUCUGGAAUGUUCACCACGGUGGUCCUUGACUCCACUUCCUUCCCGCCCUCCUAGAUGCCUGCACUGGAGCAGUUAAUGCGUGCCAAGACUUUAGCUCACCUUCUCUGUAACCCCAGCACAAAAGGAGUCUUUGAGACUCCCUUCAAGGGGAGGGAGCUGGGCCGGUACCCUGACAAGUACCGGGGCCCUGCCUUUGUCCAUCAUCAAGGAUUUUGCCAGCAAGACCUGUUCUGCAUCCAGCUCCACCACAGUUCAGAGCAGGGCGAUUCUAAAGCUCCUUACGUGCCAGACCUAUAUAUAUCUGCCAGGCAAGCUGAGAGCUAACAGCUUUUCUCGUCUGCUGGCUGGCAAAUGCCCAGGUGAUGUCUUACUUUGAAUUAAAAAUAAAUGGCUGUCUGAC